AUGUCGAGAAGUUUCCUGACUGAAUUGUCAAAGGUUAUUAUUUUUAUAAGUGGGUUGAAGAAGUUAAGCGCCCUGUACCCCAGACCGCGUUCUAUAUAUACUCUGCCAGCGAGAGCGAAGUGGCUCCUGGGAAAGAGACGGUCAAGCACAGCCGUUGCGCAGCGAUGGCAAUUCCCCAAUAAGAAGAACGAUGUUGGCCAUAUUGGUCGAAUUCGUGGAGACUGGACCUUUCUGUUGGCCCUGCGAAACAAGAACAAGAAGAACAUUCUCAAGACCUCCUCAUCAAGAUGCCUCCGCGUCGUCUCCCGGGUUCGAGCCCUCGUGGUAACCCCGAUUGUCGUGCCCUCCGAUGCCUCUUCUGAUUCUAAUGACGUCGAGGAGCUGCUGCGCCAGCUUCGCGGUCUGCUAGAUGAGUUCCGGCGUUUGAUUGUUAGCCUCGAAGCGGCCCUUCGCUAG